CCCCCCGCGGAAGCCCUGCUCUCUUGUCAACUUUCAUUUUCUCUCCCUCAAAGUUCUAAUGUGAACAGUAAGCUGGAGUUAUCAUCUUACUUACUAUCUCUACAGAUGUAUCAGUAAUUUAUCUGUUAUCACCAAUUUUUUUGUUUCCAAGAUGAAUUGUCCAAAGUGUUCUUUGAAGUUCAUCAGUUUAUAUUGAUCUUGUUAUCACAGUGACUUAUUUACACCUUUUUUUGUGUAUCUGACUUGUGAAGCUCCUAACUAACACCACUUCCUAAGGGCAGUCAAAGCAGACCCUAAAACUUUCAGUGAAUUUCGUGCCAUGUUUAUCAAGGUGUGCUUAUGAAUUUCUACUGAUGAAGUGACUGUCAUUUAUGGAAUGCCGCAGUAUGAUGUCAGCGUUUGCCUCAAAGUAGCCCAGGGAUUGCAUCCCAAGGUGUUUUACAAUGGAACUCAAAGUUUGGGUUGAGGGUAUACAGAGGAUUGUUUGCGGUGUCACAGAAAGUACAACUUGUCAGGAUGUGGUUUACGCAUUGGCUCAUGCAACUGGGAAAACUGGCAGAUUCUCUUUGACAGAACGCUGGAGGAAUAACGAGCGGUUACUUUCACCACAAGACCAACCUUUACAGGUUCUGAUGAAGUGGGGUGAAUACUCAAACGAUGUCCAGUUCAUAUUACAGCGAUCAGCAAGCUCAACACCAAAUGCCAACAACAACAGCUCUCAUUCACAAGGUCCCAUAUCUCCCACAGCCAGUCUUGGUGAUGCAUCAAGUUUCCAUGAGCGGAAUAAAGACAUUCGCAAAUCAUUGACCUUCAGUGGUGCCAGUAACCGCGUCGAACAUCGUCGAGGAGACAACGGGACCCGCGCAGCAUCUCAGCAACCACAGUCAUCACCAACAGCAGGCUCAACUGUGUCCAAUAGUCUUCAUGUGAAAGACAAAGAAACUGGUCCAUACUGUAAUCUAGCAAAUUCAUGUGAGCCGUUCUCUUCUAGUCAACAGGUCGCACUGAAUAGUGUGAAUGGAGUGGGUGGCACUCCUCCGUCCAAUGGUAGAUCUCCAGCUCAGAGGGUGCUCCCACCUUAUCGAGAUCCGCCGCCUCCCUCAGUCAACCCUGCCAGAGUUUCUCCUCCCAAUUCUAUCACCAGUAUUAGAGUAAAACCAAAGAGAAGUCUGCUAAAGGAACUGCAGCAGACUGGAAGUGCUAAUGAAGCAUUGUUGCUGAACUCUCAGUAUCGAGACCUCGUAAGGUUAGUCAAUUGCCAACGGGAUAAGUUAUCUGUUCAGCAGGCAGAACUCUCAAAGUAUGAUGCGGAAAUCUUGUACUGGGAAGGAAAGACGAGAGAGCAGCAUCAUCAAAUGGAGUACCUUGCGCAAGAGGUGGCACGAGUUGAAGCAAUUGGUCGACAAACAGAAGACCAGCUCCAAGCACUGGGUCAAAUAGAGGAGGAAAAUGAAAUUGUUCACCAACAGGAAAAAACUCUGAAGUCUGAAAUGACUCUGCUGCGAUCAAAACUAGCUAAUUGUGAAACUGAGCUUCUACAAUGUAAAAAUAAGAUCAGACUGUUGAUGGAAGAAGUUCAGAUGGAGCAAAGGCUGUUGGCGCGUGAAACAGAAGAGAAACAGCACUUAGAGCGCUCUAUAUUAGCGGAAGUUGAACGACUUCAACAAGAAGUUGAACAAGUUAAGCAAGAUACUGAAAUGGCUGCUCAAUGUGGAGAUAGCCUUCAUCGAGAGGUUGCCUCGCUUGAAGCGGCUAUGAUUGAGAAAAAAAGACAAGUAGAAAAAUUAGUCAAUGAUAUGAAAGAAGCAAAUCUCCAAAGUUUAGCAGUAGCUCCAGCUGAGGAAUUAAAGCUGCUCCUUGAAGGAUCUACCUUUUGUCUUGGUCCUCACAAACCGGGGAGCAUUAGAAGAAUGAUUGGAUCUCCGCGUCAGCUUGAAAAUGCUGUCCCUACGAGUAAGAACCCGCAUGGUGUGUGGGUUUAAAACCCUCCUGCGGUUUACAAAAACAUUCCUUUUUGCGGUCUCUGGACUAGCUCAGUGAGAUUUUUGAUGAUAGCCGUGAUAUCUCGGAUCAUAUUUGCAAUUGUGGAAGCUAAAUCUUGAAAGUAACAAACCCAUUGGAAGUUGAUCUGGAGGUCAUGGAUGUUAAGGAAUUCGUAGUUUCACAUCAUAAUUCUCCAUUCGGCCAUCCUCUCUUCUCUAGAAGUCACAUGCAGCAAGGUCAGUGGUCUGCAGGUGUAAGUAUGGAUCAAGGGAGUAACAUUAAAAAUAGCACUGCAUUUUGUUUCCAUAGGUUAAAUAUGUAGCUCGAUUUUAGGACCCCCGGAUCCAAAUCUUGUCACUGAUUCAAUUUACGGUUGUAUUUCAGUCAUCUAAUUUUUCCCCCUCUUUUUUUUUUAUAUAAAAAACAUAAACAUAAAAAAAGAACUUAUUUGAGGAAACUACACAAAUGGAGAAUU